AUGGAGGCCUUAGAUUUGUCACUCAACGAGAACAUUGAUCUCUCCAAUGUCCGGUCUCGUCACCUUACGGUCCUGCGAUUAGACGACUGCAAUUUGAAUACACUACCAUUAAUAUUGCUGAAACUACCUAACCUACAGAAGCUAGAUCUAAGUGGCAAUAAGCAGAUAUGCCUACCAGAUGUGUUGUACAAACUUAAGAAUAUCAAAGUGUUGAGACUAAGUGACUGUGAACUCGGCACCGUUCCAUCGGCAGUCCUGAAACUCACGCAGCUGGAGGAACUGGACCUAAGCUAUAACAGUGGGGUCCACCUGCCGGAUGAGCUGUCUAGACUUACGAACCUCCGGGUACUGAAACUGGACAAUACAGACAUGGUUACAGUUUCUCCUGUAGUGUGGAGACUGGUGCAGUUAGAAAGGUUGGACCUGAGCGGUAACUCACAACAGACGCUACCCGCGGAAGUUGUACAGCUGGGUAAAGCCAAAUACUUAGAUCUGCCCCACUACCAGCUGAACACACUCCCACUUGAAGUAGGUACAUUGACAAAGUUAGAAUGGCUGGACCUACGGCAAUGCCAGCUGCACACACUCCCACCUGAAGUGUGGAGACUGACACAGUUACAAUGGCUGGACCUGAGCUCUAACUCACUGCAGACGUUACCCGCGGAGGUUGGACAGCUGAGUAAUGUCAAAUACUUUGGUCUGUCCCACUGCCAAGUACGCACACUCCCACCUGAGGUGGGUAGACUGACACAGCUAGAAUGGCUGCGCCUGGGUAUAAAUCCACUACAGACGUUACCCGCGGAAAUUGGACAGCUCAAUAACGUCAAACACUUGGAUCUGUCCCACUGCCAGCUGCGCACACUCCCACCUGAAGUGGGGAGACUGACACAGUUAGAACAUUUGGACCUACACUAUAACCCGCUACGAACGUUACCCGCGGAAGUUGGACAGCUCACUAACGUCAAACACUUGGAUCUGUCCCUCUGUCAGCUGCACACACUCCCACCUGAAGUGGGGAACUUAUCGCAAUUAGAAUGGGUGAACCUGAGCUCUAACUCAAUACAAACGUUACCCACGGAAGUCGACCAACUCUCUAACAUCAAACACUUGAAUCUGUCCCACUGUCAGCUGCGCACACUCCCACCUGAAGUGGGGAGACUGGCACAGUUAGAAUGGUUGGACCUGAAAGAUAACCCUCUACAGACGUUACCCACCGAAGUCGGAAAACUUACUUUAAAAAUUAAACACUUGGAUCUGUCCAACUGCCAGCUGCACACACUCCCGGUUGAAGUGAUUAGGCUGACACAAUUAGAAUACCUGGACCUACGCAAUAACCCACAAAACAUGUUACCAGCAAUAGUUGGACGGCUCACUGACAUAAAACGUUUGGAUCUGUCAGAUAGAAGGCUGACUACCCUGCCACCUGAGGUGUUUAGACUGACACAAUUAGAAUGGCUGGUCCUGCGCAAUAACGCUCUACAGACAUUAACUGCGGAAGUCGGAAAGCUCACAAAAAUUAAACACUUGGAUCUAUCAAACUGCCGGCUGCGCACACUCCCACCUGAAGUGGGGAAACUGAUACAGUUAGAAUGGCUGAAUCUGAGCUGGAACCCGCUACAGACGUUACCCGCGGAAGUUGGACAGUUCACUAACGUCAAGCACUUGCAUCUGUCCCAUUGUAAGCUGAACACAAUCCCACCUGAGCUGUGGACACUGACACAACAAGAAUGGCUGGACUUGAGUGAUAACCAACUACAGACGUUAUCCGCAGAAGUUGGACAGCUCACUAACCUAUCACAUCUGUACGUCAGCAAAAAUCCACUUAUAAAACCACCACCCGAAGUGUGCAGUCAGGGUAUCACUGCUAUUAGACAAUACUAUGACGAACUGGAACGUUCAGAAGAAAAGGUAAGCGCCCGUUUGAAAGUUGUCGUCUUGGGAGAUACAAUGGCGGGAAAAACAAGCCUGGUACAAACGCUACAAAGGGGCGAGUCUACCCUGACGAAAGAAGAAGACCGCACACACUGUGUAGAGAUAACUCAGUGGGCACCUGAUGACAACAUUACGUUUGAAGUGUACGACUUUGGCGGCCAUGACGUGUACCAUCUUACCCAUCAGUUCUUUUUGACACAAGGCGCAUUGAACUUGCUGACAGUAGACCUCCAAACUUAUAACUGCACGGAACAGAGGUACACAGAAGCCGUAGGGUUUUGGCUGGAUACACUGAAUACCCGCGUGCCGGGGGCGGUGGUUACAAUAGUGGGAAGCAAAAUGGACGAAUGCAGCAGCGCGGAAAUAGAAGAGAAGACCAGGGAUAUCCGAAAAAGGUACGAAAAGCAGCAGCUAUCUUGGAAACGAAGUAUGGAGUGGCACAUUCAGAAAUUAGGAAAUGAUAUCGAUCGAAGUGAUGCCCCAAAAGUGGGUGGUCAAAAGGAACUAAAAAAGCAGUUAGAACACACACAAAGCCUUCUGGAACGCCCCUUGCGGCUGGUCGGAAUGUACUGCGUCAGUUCUGUAGAACCAACAUCUCGGUUGGACUCGCUAAGGAGUCACUUACUGGAAUCAGCAAAUAAUACAUCACUGUUUCCAAUACUGCGGAGGAUUCUACCGGGAACCUGGGUGGAUUUUGAACAACAGAUACACAAGCUACGUGACAAGGGAACAGAGCGAGAGAAACUUUAUUCUUGGAAGACCACUGGGAGCGACGACGAUGACACUAGCAGCGACGACGAUGACAUGUCAUCUCUGCAUCUUCAAAGUGACAGAGAAAGGGACAAGAAACCAAAGUGGAUGACGUGGGCCUUCUGUUCGGAUCUAGCAGGCCUCACGGCGGACAGACUGGAGCCAGUCCUGUCUUACCUGCAGCAGGUGGGAACCAUCCUCAGGUACACGGACAUACCGGAGCUCAAGGAGCUUGUCUUCCAUGAUCCUCCUGCAUUAAUAGAACUCUUUAAGGAUCUCUUCCAUCACGAUACCAAGGAACUUUUCUCAAUACCCAGAUUACAGAAUGCUAAUUAUACUAGCGUACAGCUGAGGGGGUUUGAACAGGAUCUGUGCGACUGUGGACUGAUUCGGAAGGAUGUGCUGACAUGUAUGUUACCACUAGAUGUCGCUCCUGACAUUGUUAUAGCUCUGAUGCAAAAUUUCGGCCUUUGCUUUGAGUUAAAGGCUGAAGACAAAACGGACCCUUCAAAACAUACAUGUCAUUAUAAAAUACCUUGGUACCUGUACAAAGAAAUGCCAGAAGAGUUAAUGAGUGUCUGGCCAGAAGACGUACGAAAGGAACAGAUACAGCUACAGCUGAUGUGUGACAUCAGAGGAUUCUGUCCCCGGGGACUGUUUCAGAGGUUCAGUGUUGGGAUCCAUCCAUUUGUAAAGGACAGGAUUGACUGGAGAGAUGGAGUCCUGGCCUACAGACAGGGCUAUCCCGUACAAGUGUGUUCGAAACCUGCUGCAGACGACACUUACAUCACCAUGGCAACCAGAGGCAGGCUUGCCCAGGCAGGUGAGAUGUGGGGCGUGGUCCACCCACUGCUGGAGGUGCUGGUCCAGCUGCUGCAGGAGUGGCCAGGUGUGCUGUACUCCCUCCACGUCACCUGUGCGCACUGCAUCAAGGCAAGACUGGACAACCCGCACCAGUACGACCUGAGGGACCGGACUGCAGAUGACGGCCGUGACGUUAGAUGUCCACACCCCGAGGUUAAAUAUACAGCGUCUACUUCAGCAGACCUUGUGUACAGACCAUAUGGAAUCCAAGCUAAUGGAAGUAACCAGCAUUUACGGGCACUCCAGGGUUCCAUUAGUCUUAUUGCUGAGGUUUCGGGAUCGUCAGGAGAUGAGUUUGACAGGUUGAAGUGGCUGCCAACAGAGGCGAAAGUAAAAGACGCAUAUGAGGCCCACUACACGAGACUUGCAGCUCGCGUGUGUGAGUUAGGUCUGACAUUCCGGGAUGAGGUACCAGGAGACGGGAAUUGCAUGUUUCACGCCGUGUCUGACCAGGUUCUCCGCACCGAGGGAAGAAACAUUACUCAUCUGCAACUGCGUGAACAGGCAGUCACCCAUCUGAGAAGGAAUCCACGCAAUGCUCAUGGUGACCAUCUCAGCAACUUCAUUUUAAACCAAACCUGGGAAGAGUACCUGGAGACCAUGUCACGUGACGGGACGUGGGGAGACCAUGUCGUCCUACAGGCCAUGGCGGGCAUGUUGGGUCGUGACGUCAUCAUCGUGUCCAGUGUAGAAGCGGACAAUUACGUCACUGUCCUACAGCCACAAUCAGGAGCUAACCCCGAGACUGCGCGUCCCCUGUUGCUGGGGCACUAUGCGGAGAACCACUAUGCAAGUCUGGACGAGACCCUAUCCGGAGGCAAACCUGUUGUGCUUCUAGUCAUUGAUGAAGUCGGAACUUCUAAGGGCGGCAUUUCCACCAUCAACGGUCAGCUGCUGGACCUACUGACUGUAAGAGCAAAAGUUCUUUGUACUGUAUUACAUGCUACAGAAGAAGAGAAGCGAGAAGCACGCAGGCAUGGCAUUGACUUGGUCCUACCAAUGGCAAACACUACAGGGGAAAGCAGACCCACACUAGACUGGAUCACCUUCCACCACAAACAACGAUAUCCAAUCCUUAGGUCAGAUAUAAGCGUCAUCGUAGGGCAUGCUGACGUCACCAGCACAGCUGCGAGAAAUAUCAAGACAGAACGUCUUCCAUCCGCCAAGGUCAUCCUCUACAAUCAUGUCAUGCCGGAAGACACUGAGCACCACAAAAGCGGUGACAAGGCGAUGGGCAUUGGAGACAAGACUGAAGCGAUCGACAAAGACAUAGAAGAAGCCGAUGUGGUGUUCUCGGUGGGACCAACUAUGUUUGAUUACUACAAAAACGAGAUCAGAGGAUUGAAGAAAACGCACCACCAGUUCCUGCCUAAACCAUCCGAAAUUUUCAGCAAUUUGGAUGUGGAGUAUGAAGAAACAGAGACCAAAGUGGUGCUUUCUGUCGGCAGGGUCAAGGGCGUGGAGAAGUUGAAAGGCUAUGAUCUAGUAGCGAAGACCAUGAUCAUUGUGAUAGAAAGAUUCCCAAAGGCCAGGUGGCGAGUCCGCGGCAUUAGCGCUAAAGAUUUUGCAGAAAGCAAAGAAAUCAUCCAAGCAAACAUGGACAACGAGACUUUUACAUUCACUCCUUUGGCAUACGGUACACAGGAACAGCUGAGAAAAGACUUUAGAAAGGCUCAUGUUGUCCUGAUGCCGUCACGCGCAGAGCCGUUCGGACUGGUCGGGCUGGAGGCCAUCGCUGCGGGUGUCCCGGUUCUCGUGUCCAGCAACUCGGGACUAGCAGAGUUCCUGGAAAAGCACGAUCCCGAGUUCUCCCGCCGGAUUGUCGACCUUAAGGGCGCCGAUGAUGAAGUUGCCGAACGACUGGCAGACCGCAUCAUCAAGGUACUGGACGGCGGACGAGAGGAGUUUGAGGCCGCAAAACGGCUGAAAGACAAUCUCCUGGCAUCAAAGUACUGGGAAGAGUCCCACAGGAAGUUCCUGGAGGAAUGCGGCAUUCCGCAGUGACAUGAAUCUUGAUAGUGUAACGCUAACGUUACUAACUUUUUUUCUUGUUUUAUCAUUCCUUCGUUAGUACGCGUACGGUUCCUGUAAAGGCUCCCUCGUCCAAUGUUUCAGCGCAAACUAGAUUCUAUCAGACUGCUCUGAGCCAAAAUACUCGGACAGUUGGAAUACAUUCUAAAUCCAGCAAACAUGACGAGUGUGUAACGUUGAGUGCCUUA